CUGGUGCAUGUAAUUAUGAGCAUAUAAGGUGAAGUUUAAGACACAACUUGGAAUAUUAAUAACAUCGUCUCGUUCACGCUUUAUAAGCAACCACGUUUGGCUGCAGCUGUUUGGAUGCUGGAAGAGGAGAAAGGUAAAGAAACAGGCAGUCAGUGCGUGUGCCCACUAUAGGAUCAUGGUCAGGAUGGCAGCAUGGGCAGAGCUGGGCAGCGUUUGCCAGUGUGCCAGGGACAGAGGGGCAAGCCUAUUGAGAAGCAGUGUGAUGGACACAAUGGGUGCGACAGACUUGCUGCAUCAACAGGCUUUUUGCUGCUGUGGCCAGAAAUAAACCAUAAAUACCCCCACUGGCCUCAACCGACCGCUCGCCAGGCCUCCACACCCACACACACCCUCAUACUGAGACAGACAGGGGAGAGAGAAAAGAAAGAGAAAAGACGGAGAGCGUGGCUUGUACGUGGUGCAGUGAAGCACAAGCCAUCCAGAGAGAAAAUGACAGAGCAGCAGGGAAACCCAGACCAACUGCCUGCAGAGAAGGGCCAAGGAGGGGCUGGAGCCACAUAUAAGUUGGCAGUUUUUGAGUACGAGAACUUCCGGGGAAAGAAGGUGGAGUUGUCUGGUGAAUGUAAAGAUGCGUUUGAGAAGACACAGAGAAUCGGCUCAGUCAUUGUGGAGUCUGGCCCAUGGGUGGGGUUUGAGCGUCCAGGCUAUGCAGGAGAGCAGUUUGUGUUGGAGAAAGGGGAGUAUCCUCGGUGGAGCACCUGGACCAACUGCCAGAGUUUCUACAGCCUCUGCUCAUUCAGGCCUCUGAAAGUGGACAGCGCCGAUCAUAAACUCCACCUGUUUGAGAACGCAGGCUAUGAAGGUAGAAAGAUGGAGAUUGUCGACGAUGAUGUCCCCAGUCUGUGGGCUUAUGGUUUCCAAGACCGUGUGGCCAGUGCUAAGGUUAUCAAUGGAACGUGGGUGGGAUAUAUGUAUCCAGGCUACAGAGGGCGCCAGUAUGUGUUUGAGCAGGGAGAAUUCAAGCACUGGAACGACUGGGGAGCCACUGCACCUCAGAUCCAGUCCGUCCGACGUGUGCGGGACAUGCAGUGGCACAAGAGAGGGUGCUAUAUUGUUCCAGCCCCUGCCCCUGCCCCAGCCCCUGCCCCAGCCCCUGCCCCAGCCCCUGCCCCCACACCUCCCAAUCCCACUCCCACUCCCAAUCCUAAUCCAAAUCCCAAUCCAAACCCUACUCCCAACCCUAAUCCUGCUCCUAACCCCAAAUCUCAAACUCAACCCCAGGCUUAAACCCAACACCUCCAGCACGUCCUACACCAACAGGGGCAAGCUGAAGGCAGCUUGCCAGUCCCUGAUCGCUCCACUAUGCCCCCUGUUAGCCUAGAAUAUCUGACUAAGCAAGUUCGGAAAACUGACAACAAUGAAACAUGUAAAUCUGUUGGAAAUAAAGGUUUUGGUCCUGAUUUUGGUUAUGUGUAAAUUAUUGCAUGUGCAUAAGGAAAUAUUAGGGAUAUGCGUUGUUGAGAGUAUUCUUAAGUUUGCAAGGUGGUUUAUGAGGCUAAUAAGGAGUAAUGGUGAUAGUUUAGACUGAGAUACAGCAUCAAAAAGAUUGCGGUAAUUAUGGUUAAAGGGGCACUCCUUUCUAGGCAUAAUGGUCAGUUUAGGAACAGUACAAAAAUUGUAGGACUGGGAAGGGCUCUGAAUUUGCUAUUUAGUGUCAUCUGAAAAGGGAGGUCCUAUGUUAGAUCUUGGCCGCAAAUGUUUUGAUAAAUUCAUCUUAAAGUGGAUUUGCAUUACAGUGUUGACUGACGGCAGUUCCAACAUGGCAUCAUCAGUUAUGGGACACUUUAGUUUGUUCAUAAUCCUUUUUCUGAAAGAUCUAUGCUGUACAUUUUUUUUGAGCUGGUUCAGUUUAAUCAAAGUUCCCCUAC